AUGAGAGAUGAACAGGAUCAGAGAAAAAUGUACAAGUAUCAGUGCAAAGACUGUAAAAAAUUGGAAGUGGUUGGUCCUAAAGAUCCUAUAAGAUGCAGUAGCUGUGGAUGCAGGAUAUUCUACAAGUUACAGAAGGAUGAGACCACACAAUACGACGGGUGUUAA